AUGGCUCAUUCUGGCCUGUCAAUAGGGAGCUGCAAGGGAGGUGCUGUUUCGAAUGUACCAACAGGUGUGAAUGACGCUUACUGCUACUCUUCUUUCGAUAGCCAUGAAAUAUUCGACGCAUUUGAUACGUGUUGCAGGGGCAACUCACCUAUAAUCUAUGAUGCUGCUUUUGGCUGCGGUAUCUAUUGUCUGGCCCAGGAUUGGAGUGCCGACGACCUUAAGAAAUGUAUCCUGGACCAAAAUGAUAAUGCACACCUUGGCUCAUAUAUCUUGUGCGACACCAAUGAUCGUGAAACAACCAUUACCGAAGAGCCUACCACCAAUAAAGGCUAUAAGAACACCGGAAUAAUCUCCAGCUUGGACGGUGAGCAUGGAAUUAGGUUAGAAAUCAGAGGAGACAGCGAAAAAACCAACACCAUUAGCAGCAGCAGCAGCACAAGCACUGCCAGCAGUGGUGGUAUCGAAGACACCGCCUCUUCCCUGUAUAAUGAUAUAACGAACGACGCCGAUCCCACCAGCACCACUAGCGGCGCUAGAAGCACAAGCACUAGCAGCAGUGGGGGCGUCGAAGACACCGUUUCUUCCCUGUAUAAUGACAUUACAAACAGCACUGAUCCCACCAGCACCACUAGCAGCACUAGCAGCACUAGCACCAGCACCGACACCAGUGACAGUGGCGACAGCUCCGUCUCUUCCUGGUAUCAAGAUAUUAUAAACACUAUUACAGGGAAUGGUGCCGUUGUGAGCGAGCCUAUCUCAAAGACAAGUAUGGGUUUUGUGGUGCUUUUUUCAUGCUCUGCAAUCAUGUGUCUCUUCGCUUGA